CCUAAUAGAAAGAACAUGUGGAAGCUUUUCUACGGGUGGUGGCAUGUGCUCAUUUCCAAUAUAUUAACUGUGAAGCUUAGGGAGAUGAAGCCAGGUGUCUUGUCACAGGAACUAAAAGAAGCUCUUGGUAUGCCAGAUGGUGCCCCUCCUCCCUGGCUUAUCAACAUGCAGAGAUAUGGUCCUCCACCUUCUUAUCCGCAUCUCAAAAUUGCUGGCUUGAAUGCUCCGAUCCCUCCUGGAGCUAGCUUUGGUUAUCAUCCUGGAGGCUGGGGUAAACCUCCUGUUGAUGAAUAUGGGCGUCCUUUAUACGGAGAUGUUUUUGGUGUCCAACAACAUGGACAACUCAACUAUGGGGAAGAGCCUGUUGAUAGGAGCAAGCAUUGGGGUGAUUUGGAGGAAGAAGAGGAGGAAGAAGAGGAAGAGGAAGAACAGAUGGAGGAAGAGGAAUUGGAGGCAGGCAUUCAAUCUGUGGACAGUCUUUUGAGGUGUGUACCCAUCCCAUGUGCAACUGUUCUAUUUAUAUAACACUCUUAGUACUGA